CAUCCACGUCACAGGAGGAGUGAGUUAAAUGUGUAAGGAGGAGUAGCAAUAGCUUUCCACACAGACGGAGAGCGUUAUGUCCGUAAGGAAGUCGUGAACUCGUUUGCCGCAACAUCAAAAUUCAUUAUAGGCUACAAUACGAAUCUAUUUAAAAAUGAUUAUAUUUAGGCCUAAUAUGUAAUGCUCAUUGUUUUUUUAAGCUGGAAGUCUUGAAGUCUGUUUAGACUACCUUAGUGCGAAGAAAAGCAAAAGGAAGAAAAGGUUAGGCUACUUUCUGGAAUAGGAUAGUUUGCAUUCUUUUCAUUUGGAAUACACAACGGCUUAGUUGUUACACCCAGACAUUUUUAAUCAUCUGUCGUUGAACUUGGCAAGAACACGUCUCGUGGUAGUGCGCACCAGUGUCAAGAUCAUUUCUACGCGGUGGCUUCUCAGACACUAGCACAACGGCAAGGCCAGCAAUGGUAAACAGCCGGGUGGAGGCGUCGGCUGUGUCGGUGACAGGGGGCGGGGUGGCAGGGCGGCAGUGCGCCGGCUGCGGGGGCCGCAUCGCAGACCGCUUCCUGCUUUUCUCCAUGGAGCGCUACUGGCACACACGUUGCCUCAAGUGCUCAUGUUGCCAUGCCCAUCUGGGUGAGAUCGGCAGCACCUGCUACAGCAAAGGGGGCAUGAUCCUCUGCAAGAAUGACUACAUCAGACUGUUUGGGCAUACCGGGGCUUGCAGUGCCUGUGGGCAGUCCAUCCCUGCCAGUGAGAUGGUGAUGCGGGCACAGGGAAACGUCUACCAUCUUAAGUGUUUCUCCUGUGCCACUUGUAGGAACCGCCUCGUUCCUGGUGACCGAUUCCACUAUGUGAACGGCACCAUUUUCUGCGAACAUGAUCGUCCGGGGGGAGGGCUCCUCAGCAGUCACCUGGCACCGCUGCAGGGCAAUGCCAUGAUGCCUGACCAGAAAGUGUGCUGAAGAAGAUGAUGAAUUAAGCAACAUGUGCCUUCUCCUCCUCCUACUUUCUUUUCUCCACCUGGCAAUGUAUCCUGCAUCAUCUAUCCAUCCUUUUAUCCAGGCUGUUGUCUGUGCACAUUACUGACACUGAUACAAGUGUCAAAGCCUUUCUCAGUACAAUCAAGUUCCCAGUCAAGGGAAUAGGAAAGAAGGGAAGGGGAAGAUUACAUUGAUUUAGUCAAGUUAAACCAGUGUCUAAUUUUGGCCAAACAAUGAUGGUAGACUUAUUAAGAAGAAGUGGCUUACCUGGAAAGGACUGGCAAAUGUCUAUUCAUGGAGCCCUCUUGCAUAAUGGGGCACCUUGACCUAUCCUGCCUGUUGUGCACAGGGAUCAAUAGAGGACAUGGGGAACUGCUACGAUAACUUCUAUAUCAGAAAGACUGCAUUCAAAUCAAGACAUCACAGAAGAAGAUUCCAGAUGUUGGUCAAAGGCAGGAGGUGAUGUGGCUGUACAGUAGAUUGUCAAUGGAUGUGUCUUGCACUCUAAAUGGUGCUGGAUCUGCCAAGUGAAUGUAGUAAAAUCUCCUCAUUGUACAUCCAACCUGCUUUCAAAAAUGGACUGUACAAAUAUAAUAACUUUUGGAUACUCAAACAGAGGAUUCUGAAAUUGAUUUGUGCUGUGAGUUAUUUCUAGAUUGUCUUUUUAAAAUUUGUGUGAUCGUUUUUGGGGUGAUUAUAGAAUUCUAAAAUUAUGAUUAUAAAAAUGUUAUUGGAUAUCACAACAAUGGAAAAGUGUUUUAGGUUUGAGGCUCAAAACAUAAACCUCGAUAAACUGCGCGUCUCUCAAACAAAGGAGCGCCCCACAUACCAAAUGAACACAGUGGUUUGGGUUUUAUGUUGACGUAUGCAUUUGUGCUCGUCUUUGAAAAGGUGUUUCUUUCCGUGGGAUGUCUCUUGCUGCCGUGAUCCAUGGAUCUAAAUGUUCUCUUUCUGUCAGUGCGGUUUGAACCGGUCUCUUUCUGUCAGUGCGGUUUGAACCGGUCUGUUUCUGUCAGUGCGGUUUGAACCAGUCUCUUUCUGUCAGUGCGGUCUGUUUCUAAACUGGUCAAAGAAACAGAAAAGGGACUUUUGAAUGGUGAACUAUUAUAACUGUACAAAUAUUUUUUAUUCAAUUGCAUUGUGUUAUAUGGUUAAACGAUGUGUGCAUAGCAUUGUAGGUACAGGCCCCAUUUCAAAUGCUGUAAAGCAGCUAUAUUGAGACAAAAGUACUUUCUAAAUAACUAAUAAUCAUGAUAUUGCCAGCCACUUGUCUCGUAUCUCUAACUGUGUUAUUUGAAAAUAUUUCCCUGAUGCUCAGCGAUUAGGGUUUAGGAGAGUGAGUGGAUGUGUAGCAAGGUGUGACAAAUGGUCCUUUCAAACUGAAAUGUAGCUUCGGGUAAGGGAAAGCCAGAAGCACUCAGACAAACAUGGCCGAUUAGCCUUUGAAAUUCCAUUCUUAAGGGUAAUCUGGUGAGCAGGGCUAAUUAAAAGGGAGGGACCCCUUUCCUAUUUCCAAGUAGAAAUCUUCAUUGUGAAGCUGUACUUAACUGCACUGAAAAGUUGAGAAGGGGAAAAAAAACAAAGAAUUAAGUGAACUUCUAUUUUUUGCUAUUGUAUAACCAAACCUUCCUAGUGUCUCUCGUCACAUCUUAAAGGCUUCUACUUCAUGGCAUGCUGUAAUAGUUUUUUGGCACUAAUCCUACUGCAGAUCUUAUUUAUUUAAUUAGCUAAUUAAACAACUCUUUUU